AUGGCGAUGACCAUUGCAUCUGAUACCCCUACUCUGCAUCUGAUUGUGGUGUGCUGCCACGCGAUAUACCUUGGUCCUCCUGCUGGACCUGGAACUGGACCUGGAUCUACAACUGGACCUGAACUUGAAACCGGCCUUGGGUCGUCUUCUUCUUCCACUCCAUCUUUCGCCUCCGACAACGAGGCAAACUGGUUGAUCGAACCCUUCCAGAAGGGUGAGACGGGGACGUAUAUUGCGCAUAAUGAAGCUGGAGUGCGCGAGUUGGCGACGGCGGUGGCGAAGGGCGAGGAUGCGCUGUUGGUGUUCAGUGGAGGAGCGACAAAAUUGGAUAAGACGGGGAAAAGUGAGGGAGAGGGCUAUUUGGACGUCGCCAUCGAGCGCAAUUUCUUCGGCCUGGAGACUUCACCGCCCACACUCCGGCGUCGCAUGUUCGUCGACCGUUUCGCGACAGAUUCAUAUCAGAACAUCUUGUGUUCGAUCAUCCAGUUCCCUCACUUCGUGCGUGAGCUACUCGAAAGGGAAGCAAGUCAUAGGAACCUGGGGUCUGGGUCGAAACCCAAUGUUUCUGUGAAACCAGAGACACCUUCCGCUUCCGCUUCGUCAGUAUCUUCAUCUACAGCUUCAGCUUCAGCCUCAGCUUCCUUGGUCUCGGAAUUGAAGUCGAACACAAACAUCUCUGCAACCACCACGCCAUUCUUUCCUACAAAGCUAACCAUCGUAUCACACGACUUCAAACGAUCUCGAUUCCUCAACCUCCAUCUCCCCGCCAUCCAUUGGCCCAGCGACAAAGAGACUGAGACUCAGACUCGGACUCAGACUCGGACUCAUUUCAUCGGCAUCAAUCCACCAUUCGAUGAUGUCAAAAUGGCCGAGAUCGAAACAGGCGACCGGCUCAGAGGAUACGGCGCCUGGGAAAAGGAUCUAUAUGGAGCAGGAGCGCUGUUGGCGGGAAAGCGGAAGACGAGGGGGUGGCAGGAAGAACGGUUUCGACGGGAAGUCCUAGGUCAGACUCAGUUGUCUGCCGAGCUUAAGGUGCAGAUAGAGAAGAUGUUGGCUUGGAAGGGUGGGGAGAACGGAACUGAUAUCUGUCCGGCGCCCAUGCCUUGGGAAUGA